AUGGGUGGCUAUGUUCAAGCCUUGCUGGGGAGAACUGUACUGGCCACGCAGGAGGUGUGGAUAGCAGCAAGUUUGCUGCACCUGUGCUCAUCCCCUCCCUAUUUUGAGAGGCAAAAUUCCAUCAUGUUCCUCCUCCUCUGGGCUGCCUGCUGGGUGGUGGUGAGCGCCUUGCUGUUCCUCCUCCACAGGAGCGUCUUCUCCGAGCGCUGCACGGACGAGAAAAGCCACCGCAUCCUGGCCAGGCUGUGUCUUGACUACAGCAGUGGAGCUCUGACUGGUGACCUCUGUGAAGACCUCUGUGUGGCACAGAAGCUGGUGUACAAACACUGCCUUUACUAUGACAGAGGUAAGAAAGUCAUCCAGGCUGAAUGGAGAGGCCAGCCCAUCAUCCUGAAAUCCAAAAAGGAAAUCUUCUCCAGCUACCAGCAUCUCAGUAUGCUAGAGGAGGUGGAAACACAAGAUAUUCCUGAAACAGAGCUUCUGUUGAUGGUAGCCUUGGAGGUCAAAAAUGUCCUGGGGCUAGAACUGUCUAACAAUACCAUGGGGCCCCUGUGGACAAGGAAGAAGGGACCACGUUGGAAAGCACAGGUGGCCAGCAUGUGGUCCUUGCUCCAGCAGGAAGAAUAUAUCUACUUCAGUUUGCUGCAGGACUUCAGCAAACACGUGCUACGAAUUAUUGGCUCUUGUGGACACUUUUAUGCUGUGGAGUAUCUCACAGCUGGACAUGCCUGGCACAAAACUCUUUUUCCUUUGGAAAACAUGGUCAGUCCCUCUCUUGCUGGCCACAGAAGCAGGGUGAGAGCCAUCAUUGACAUUGCACUCAGUUUUCUGGACAUGGUGCAGCAUUUUGAUAAUGAUUUCUCUCACCGACUUCACCUGUGUGACAUCAAACCAGAAAACUUCGCUAUCAGGCACGAUCUCACGGUGGUGGCCAUUGAUGUGGAUAUGGCCUUUUUUGAACCCAAAAUGAGGGACAUCCUCGAACAGAACUGCACGGGAGACGAAGACUGUAACUUCUUUGAUUGCUUUUCAAAAUGCAAUCUGAAAAUCAGAAAAUGUGGAGCACAGAGAGCCAAUAACAACUUGCAAGUAAUUUGUGACAAAAUAUUCCGUCGCUGGUUUUCCCCAAAUCUCAGAGGACCGUUGGCUUCCUUCCCCCUGCAGACGCAGCUGCAGAAGGCUGUGCAGGAGUGCGCCGAGCCGGGGCACGUGGACGCUGCCGGGCACCAGAGGACUCUGAAAUCUCUCUCUGAGUUAUACCACCUGCUUCGGGUCACUCAGCAAGAACUGCAAAGGGCAGAGUAGGCAUGAAAGGUGGAACUGCAAAGGCCAUGUCCCAGAUGCUGCUAAGGGAUGCUGUAUGUGAGGCAGCCCGUGUUUGCUUCCUCUCUCUCUCUCUCUUUCCUCCCUCCCAGCCUUUGUAUUACAUUUACAGCACAGAGAUUGUUUUUCUCCUAUGCAAAUGAAAUUCAUGGCUGCAGGUGCAGCACGUUCUGUUAAUAUCCUUUCAAGUGUGA